AUGACGUCACAGGCGUAUCCGAAUAAUGACGCUGUUUGAUCAUUGUAAAAACCCGCCGUUAAAAAUGAGAAUUAGGUCAGCGAGCUAAUGCAGCACCAAUUGUAAGAAUCGUCUUUUUAUUAAUGGAGCCUUACUCGACGCUUGCCGGGACACACAACCUGUUCGGAAGAGGGUGAGAGAUGUGCGGUGUUGUCAGCAUCUGCAGACGGGAGUCGUAGCGGUUAAACCGGUCCGUUUGUGCGCGUGCCUCCCGCCGUCUGGUUGAAGACACCGACAGUCUAGCCCGGUGAACGGCCACGUUACGGUGCGUACCGGCCCGGAUGGCGCGGAAUAGUUAGCGGCUGGGAAGGACAGUCAACGACAGACAGCUGCACAGACGCCGGGAGCUGCUCUGGGGACACCCAGGAAAUCAGUCCUCGCUUCGCCUGGAUAGCCAGGCAGCAACACCGUGCACGUUGGUGUAGUUGCAGUAAGUUAGCCGGCAGACAUGUACAACAAUGACUGCUAGCAUUGGCUAGUUGGCCCUUCUCAUACUCUACAUGCUAAAUGCCCCAUAGCUAAAACACGCGUCCUAAGUUAUCAGUGGCUUUAGCUCAUUGAAAAAAAAUGAUCAUCGCCAGCUCACCUUCAAUUCCAUUUGAGAAAUUUUGGUAUUUGAAUAUGGCCACCAUAGAAAUGUGAGCCUCAUAAACUAUUCUGUCAGAGACUAUUUACCCUGGAUAGAAGUUUGCACAAUUUGAUGAUGUCAAGCCGCCGAAAAUCAACAACGCCUUGCAUGGUGCUGCCCUCUGACGUCGUGGAGCGGCUAGCUUCUGAUGAGCUGGAGGAGAUAACUGAAAGGACAAAGGAAGACGGUCUUGAUGGGGUGGAGGAGACAGUAGAUGAGGUUCCAACAGCAGAGGAACUGGAUCAGACAGUAGUGGUUGUCCCUACCCCACCAGAUGCUGGUGAGUCAAACAACAUAGAGGACAAAGAUGCACUCAGUGCAUCACUAAAGUGUAGCACCACAAACCCCCCAGAGAUUCGGAGCAGCGACCAGCUGACCCAGGAUAAGCAGUUUGAAACCCCUGAGGAAGUAGGAGCAGAUGCCACAACUGUUGCUGCCAUCUCUCUCAGCAAGACCCCCAUCAUGAGGAUGAAGACCAAAUCUGAACCUAAGAGAAUUGCUGUCUCCCUUAAAGCAUCAGAUGAAGCAGUGGAGAAUUUUGAAGGAGGCGGCGAGGGUGAGGUGGGAGGAGAGCAGUUCCCAAUCGAUGCGCCUCUGGGGCCCAUGGCAUCUAUGGAGAUGCUGUUGCAUGACUCCAUGAAGCUCGGAGGAGGAAACAUACUGGUCAGCCAACCCUCAGAGCAGCCAAGGAAGUCAUCCAUUUUAAAUCCUACUGUUAUUCCUCCUGGCUUGGCACAGGUGCUUUCUGCUUUCCAGGCCCAGCAGAAUACAGCAGCUCAACCCCAACUGCUGAUUCCUCUGAGCAGCAUCCCCUCUUACAGCGCCGCUAUGGACACUAACCCUCUGCUGGGCAGCACUUACAAGAAGUUUCCCUACCCCUCAAUGGCUGAGAUCAACAGUCUGUCAGGGCAGACACAGUUCACAGAGGAGCAGAUUAAGGUUUGGUUCUCUGCCCAGCGGCUGAAGCACGGCGUUAGCUGGACCCCAGAGGAAGUAGAAGAGGCCAGGAGGAAACAGUUCAACGGCACCGUUCACACCGUGCCUCAAACCAUUACCGUCAUACCUGCUCACCAGCUCUCUGCUGCUGCCAACGGCCUACAGUCCAUUCUUCAGACCUGCCAGAUAGUGGGCCAGCCUGGCUUGGUGUUCACUCAGGUGGGUACAGGAGGGAACCUUCCAGUGACCAAUCCCAUCACCCUGACAGUGGCAGGUCUGCCCAGUCAGUCCCAGAGUUCCAGCAGAGUUUCCUGCCAGUCUACACCAACAAACAGUGAGCUUAAACGGGCUACCACUGUUCAGCCCCCCUCUCUUUCCCCACAGGAGAACUCAGCCCUGAAUGCAGACACAUUCAAUAUGCGGCCGAAGAAGUCCAAAGAGCAGCUGGCUGAAUUGAAAGCCAGCUACCUUAAAAACCACUUUGUCAGUGAUGCAGAGAUUGCCCGCUUGAUGAAGAUCACCAAUCUGACGAAGGGGGAGAUCAAAAAAUGGUUCAGUGACACCAGGUACAACCAACGCAACUCCAAGAACAAUGUCAUUGUUUUCCAUGAUGGAGGUGGCAAAGGAGGCGGUGGCUGUAGCAGCAGCGCUAACGCCACCAUUGUCAUUGACUCAAGUGAUGAAACCCCAUCAUCCCCGCAUCGUCCUCGCACCCCUCCUGUGAGGGAGAAAGAGACACGGCCCAAGACGUGGAAUCCCUUCCCUGACUUCACUCUGCAGAAGUUUAAAGAGAAGACGCCGGAGCAAUUAGUGGUGCUGGAGGACAGCUUUGAAAAGAGCAGCACACCAUCAGAUGAAGAGCUGAGCCGGCUGAGAACAGAAACAAAACUGACACGUAGGGAGAUUGAUGCCUGGUUCACAGAGAGACGAAAAAUGCAGACAGUCAGCACGCCCUCCCCAGAAUCUUCUGAGGGAGGACGAAUGGACACAGGUGGGCCGAAUGCUGUAGAAGUAGGGGCUUCUUCUCGCUCUGCCUCCUCCUCUCGUAAAGGUAGUCAAACUCCACCCGGUGGACGCAGUAAGCAGAUACCAACCAGCAGCAGCAGAGACAUCAAAGAUAAGACUAAAAAAACUCCAGAGCAGCUCCAUAUUCUCAAAAGUGCCUUCGUACGAAGUCAGUGGCCCACAACAGAGGAAUAUGACCAGUUAGCAGAGCAAAGCGGUCUCCCCCGACCUUACAUCGUCAGCUGGUUUGGGGAUUCUCGGUACUCAUGGAAGAACGGGAACCUUAAGUGGUUCUUUCAGUAUCAAAGUGCCAAUGUGGAGGGCCCAAAUGGUGGGGGAAGUAACAAAUUGGGUAGUCGAAAAAGACGUGUCCGAAAUCGCGGUUGGGGGAGAUCCCGAACCCGCAAGCAGCCAAGGCGGUCCGGCUCAUUUAGUUCAGACUUAGAGAGAUGCCCCCCGCCAAAGAAAUUCAAGAGUGGGCGGGACAUCCUGAAGGAGUAUUAUCUGAAGCACCGCUUCCUCAGUGAGCAGGACCUGGAUGAGCUUGUCACCAAGACCAACAUGAGCUAUGAACGGGUGAGGGAAUGGUUCGCUGAGGUCCAGAGACGGCUGGAUAUGGGGACAGACCCCUUCCAGGAGCCGACUUUGGGGAUGGCGGAUGGAGGAGAGGGGACAUACGACUUCCCGAGGGAGGCAUCGAGCGCCAACAAGAAGCCCUUAGACGCUGGAAUGGGAGAGGAAGAUGAAGAUGAUGAUGACGACGACGAUGAUGACGAGCAUGAUGAGGAAGAUACAGAUGACAGUGAGGUUUGGGAGCCGUCUCGCAGUGUGAGGAAGUCCUUGUCGGUAUCUGAGGACUAGAUUUUUGCAGAAUGUUACGACUCAAUCAAGGCUUUUGGCCUCUGGUGUGCACCUAUGCUCAGUGGUAACAUUUAUUAUGUUCCAGAUCUUUGUGAAUGAUUAUUAUUAUUAGCUUUAUCUCCCAGUCUCAGCCCUCACUCAACUGACAAUAUUUAAGCAAAGUGUAACAACUGAGAGAGGAACGUUUGUGGCACACCCCCCCAAAAAAGUUGACAUCAAUAAUUUAAAAAAAACAAAACAAUCAGCAAAUGGAAUUUAUGAAAAUGAACAUGGUGAGAUACAAUGGUUUAGUCCACCUUGUAAAGCCCCUUACUAAAGACAAUGCUGUAUUUCUUUAAGAAGUGUUUUUACAUGUUUUGAGCACAAGCCCAAAUUUUAAUUUCAAUUACCAACGAAUGUUUGCCCCUUUUCCCUACAAAAUGAAAUGUGACUGUUUACAAGGUGCUCUUAAAGUUGCCCUGAAGUCAAACCAUGUAUAGCAUACCUGGUGGAAGGGUUUUAUCACAGUAUGUGUUGCUUCUUUUAAAGCAACACACACCUUAAUGAGAAUGGAUGAGUUUACGUAAAUCAAUCAUGAAAAUCCAUCACAGAUAAAGGCCUAAUGCAACAUGAGCCAAAGUACAUUAAUACAGAGUGAAUGCCAAUGUUUUUGUUGAAGGAUGUCUAUUCAAAGUCUUCCCUUGACGGUGGUUACUAUUCUACAUUAUAACUUAACACAGAAAUGGAAAGAUAUUGAUGGAAAAAUGUAUGCUUAAUAUGCACUGCGAUUGACAUUUUUGCACCUUUUGAUACAACAAGCUCAAUGCUGUUGUUUCCUUUUUAUAUGGCGGUUCAGUUUGAGUUGUGCCAAACUUGAAUGUGUUUCCAGACUUGCAAGGCCGGCCUUUUGGCCCGUCUCAAAGCAAACAGUGUUUUGCAGCAGUGUUUGUGGUGUAAACGUACUGCGAACACUGGCUGUAUCUCCAUCAGCAGCAAAAAUCAUGACUAAACGUAACUACUGGUCUGAUCUAUUGGUCUAGAAAGACUGUCAAACGGUAUUUUAGACAUUUCAAAUCAUGAAGCACCUGAACUAAACUUGUUUAAAAUGCACUUUGUUUACCACUUAGUGGAUUAAAUUAUUCAUUUGGCACCUUAUUCUCUUAAUAUAUCAUGAAAUGGCUCUGAGUGUCAAUGUUUUCAUAAAUACUAAACCAGUAUUUUGCCUUUUAUUAAAAAAUAAAAAAAAAAACAAUCAUGAAUAGGUUUUCCCUAAGGAGGACUCUUACCAGUUUAUCCACUUUUCUAAUAAUAUGUAAAUUGUUUGAAAGUUGGAUGUUUAUAUGACUCGGUGGAAUUAGCUGACACUUUUUUUUUUUGCUUUAUUGCACAGUUUGAGCCACAUAUUGAAUACUUUUGGUAAAAAAAAAAUGUGGUUGGAUAAGGUUUUGUAUUGUUUCAAAUCAUGGGAAUUGUGUCCACUUUUAUGUGGUCCUUUGACUGUUUUCCUCCAAGCAAAUUAUGUGGACAUGGGCAGUGUUCUGCCUGUUUUCUCAAAGUGGACAGAUGAGACCAUAAGGACAUUAACCUGCUUUCUCGAAAUAAAUGCUCCAAGGACACCAACUGCCGUUCUUUCAACCAUGGCUGGGACAAUGGCCCAUAAACCUGGACUCUUGUUACCUUUGCAGACAUAUACUAUACCUACAUGUGCCUCCAUGGCUUAUGGUCUUGUUUCAAGACAAUUCCACCAUCUCAUCACAAACCACUGAAGGUAGCCUUGUUCAAACCAAGUGGUGAUGCAUGACCAAGCUCUGCUUUCUGCCGACACAACAAAUGCCUGUCCUGAAGUUAACGUUGAAAACUUCUGCCCUUAACCCUGGUUAAACCUCAGUGUUCCAAUUUGUGUUGUCGUCAUUUGCCACUGUGGACUUGUCGUUCAUGCUACGUUAGCACCUUUUAGUAAUUUCAAAGCAUUUUCAGCCUGCCUGGCUCGCUGAUUGCAAAUGAAUGAAAGCGGAAACACAUUUGUUGUAAUGUGACUAGUAAGUGCCUGGGCAUGAAAAAGAACAAGAUGUUAUACCUUAUAUACAUGUAUACCGACCAUUUAUACCGUUUUUGUCUAAUACUGCAUGCAAUAAGUAUGUCGAACAACUUGUCAUUUUGUACAUACAAUGUUUGGCUAGCUUGGUGUACUUGGCACAGCGGCUAAACAAGUGGUGUGACUUUUAAAAGUUAGAAAAGUCAGCUGUCAGCACCAAUUUGAUUGCAGCCAUGAAUUGUCUUGGUAUGUUUUCCCAAAUUAUCAACUGCUCAAGCAGCCCCAUCAGUUACUUAGGACAGUUUAUUACUUCAAUCGUUGUCAUUACUAUUAAAAUUUUUUUGUUGUUGUUCUUUCUGCUGCACAUUCUGCUUAUUUUAGUCCACGGAGUAGAGUGAGGCCUAAACUCCCAAAGUAUUUUACUAUGGUCAACCUGCUUGGAAAUGUUUGCUAUACUCUGGUAGAACCAAGAUGGUCAUUUCGGGGUGGAAAAAAAGCUACUGUUACAAUAGUACACAGGUACGUGAUGAGUGUUUGGAACAUGUAUCCUUUGUUUGACUUGUUUCCAUGGGCGUGAUAAAGUGCUAUGUCCUCUCAAUGAGUUGUGGUUGUAUAUCAUCAUGUAUCAUAUCAUAUAUCCAACCUAAUCUUGCAGUAGCGUUAGUAUCUUCACUAGUUUAACUGCUGUUAUUACAUGCAUACCUUGUGUCAUCUAAAUCCUUCACUCAUCUCUUUCUUUACACCUGUUUUUAUUGUGUUUAUUUUGACAAAAUACACAAUGUCACGAUUGCAAUCUGCUUUCUUCCCAGAGGUAAUUUUUUCUUCUCAAUGCAACACUUCUUUGCUUCAGUACAAUCACGUGAGCUGAUGUGUUUUUCUCUCUGCAGUUGACGUUUCUACUCUUAUUCCAUUAAAUUACAGCAGUCACUUAAA